AGCUUCCAACGCACCGGAUCUACCGGUCGAUCUUGACCCCCGAGAGAUUUUCCUCUAUAAAUACGGGUCUCAGGGCGAAGGGAUAGAUUUGUGAAAAGGAGGGUUUUUUAUAUUUCCUCUCUCGAAUAAUAACCGAAGGAUUCUAGCCCCCUCCGAGCUAUAAGAAAUGGCCGACACCUUCCUUUUCACCUCCGAGUCCGUCAACGAGGGUCACCCCGACAAGCUCUGCGACCAGAUCUCUGAUGCUGUUCUUGAUGCCUGCCUCGCCCAGGACCCCGACAGCAAGGUCGCCUGUGAGACCUGCACCAAGACUAACAUGGUCAUGGUCUUUGGUGAGAUCACUACCAAGGCCAAUGUCGACUAUGAGAAGAUCGUCCGUGACACCUGCAAAUCCAUCGGGUUUGUCUCUGAUGAUGUCGGUCUCGACGCUGACAACUGCAAAGUCCUUGUCAACAUCGAGCAGCAAUCUCCUGAUAUCGCCCAGGGUGUCCACGGCCACUUCACCAAGAGACCAGAAGAGAUUGGUGCUGGUGACCAAGGUCACAUGUUUGGCUAUGCCACAGAUGAGACCCCUGAGUUCAUGCCCCUCAGUCAUGUUCUUGCCACCAAGCUCGGUGCUCGGUUGACUGAGGUCCGCAAGAAUGGAACUUGUGCGUGGCUAAGACCUGACGGGAAGACCCAAGUCACUGUUGAGUACCGCAACGACCAUGGUGCCAUGGUUCCCCUUCGUGUCCACACCGUCCUCAUCUCCACCCAGCACGACGAGACUGUCACUAACGAUGAGAUCGCCGCUGACCUCAAGGAGCACGUUAUCAAGCCCGUCAUCCCUGAGAAGUACCUCGACGAGAAGACCAUCUUCCACUUGAACCCGUCCGGCCGCUUUGUCAUCGGUGGUCCCCAUGGUGAUGCCGGUCUCACCGGUCGCAAGAUCAUCAUCGACACCUACGGUGGAUGGGGAGCCCACGGUGGUGGUGCUUUCUCAGGCAAGGACCCCACCAAGGUCGACAGGAGCGGCGCCUACAUUGUGAGGCAGGCAGCGAAGAGCAUUGUCGCCAGUGGGCUUGCUCGCCGUUGCAUCGUCCAGGUGUCGUAUGCUAUUGGUGUGCCGGAGCCAUUGUCAGUGUUUGUCGACACUUAUGGCACCGGUAAAAUCCCUGAUAAGGAGAUCUUGAAGAUCGUGAAGGAGAACUUUGACUUCAGGCCCGGGAUGAUCACCAUCAACCUCGACUUGAAGAGGGGAGGCAAUUCAAGGUUCUUGAAGACGGCGGCGUACGGACACUUCGGUAGGGACGACGCAGACUUCAAGUGGGAGAUUGUCAAGCCUCUCAAGUGGGAGAAGCCUGCAGCCUAAAUCAAGGCAAGAAUCGAUAUAGAAGAAGAAAACAAAAGAUAUCCGCUCGCUUCAUGCCUCGUUGAUCUUUUAGCUUGUUUGGUUUGAUGGCCUUCCAGGCCUUAAUACUAUUCGUUGGUCUGAUGCUUUCGCGUGUCGUGGGUCACUGACCUUUUUACGUCGUGCUGAAAUAGAUACUUCCGGGUUGUUGCUCUUGGAGCCUGAUGUUAUGGUUCAGCUUCAGAUUUAAUCUAAAAGAACUUUGUUACGUUUCCUGCAA